AUGGCGAAUCAGAAGCAGCGUAGCUCUCUCUAUUCAGCUGGUCACAGCGAUGGUAAAGGCACUUUGCACAGCACUGCUGCCACCGGUACGAACACAAGCAAUCGCCAAGGUACUAUUCGACGGCCUUCAGCCAUCGUGAUUGGUAGCGGGUUCUCCGGACUGGCAGCAGCUCACGCGCUGCAUCACGCAUCGUUUGAGGUGGUGGUGCUAGAGGCAAGGAAUCGCAUCGGAGGUCGCGCUUUCACAGACUACUCUUUUGGCUUUCCGCUUGAUCUAGGUGCUGCCUGGCUGCACGGUGUUUCUGAGAGUAAUCCGCUGGCUCGGCUGAUCGCGGACCUCCAGCUUCCGCUUUACCGAACCAGUGGAGACGACUCGGUUCUCUAUGAUCACGACCUUGAGAGCUAUGCGCUGUACGAUGAGGAUGGGGUGAAGAUUCCCCAGGACGUGGUGGAACGCGUAGAGAGGGUGUUCGAAGAGAUGCUGGAAGAGACGCGUCAGAUAUGUGCCACUACAAGCGAGGACAUGAACAUGGAGCAUGCCUUGGCUCUGGUGGAGCAGCGCAGGCCAGACCUGACACUACAGGGUGUGGAGCGGCGGGUGCUGCAGUGGUACCUGUGCCGCAUGGAGGGGUGGUUCGCUACAGACUUGAAGAAUCUCUCUGCCAAAUGCUGGGAGGAGGAGGAUCUAGUGGAGGGGGGUCACGGCCUCAUGGUGAACGGCUACCUGCCUGUGCUGGACGCCCUAGCUGCUGGGCUGGACAUUCGUUUCAAUCACAGAGUGGUCAACAUUGACUGGUCCUCGUCACAGGAUCUGGAUAGAUCAGUAUCCGGAGGGAUAGGAACAGCAGGGGAGGUGCUGGCUAUGAGGGUAGAGGCAACAGGCGUAGUCGGAAUCGAGAACAAAAUCGCGCUCCUCUUCCCCUCCUGCUUCUGGCCCUCGGUGGAAUUCCUGGGAGUGGUAGCAGACACACCCUACGCAUGCAGCUACUUCCUGAACCUGCACAAGGCCAGCCAGGGCGAGAGGGCAGUGCUGGUGUUCAUGCCGGCAGGGCGGCUGGCAGAGGAGAUGGAGGGGAUGGGGGAGAGCGAGGCUGUGGCGUUCACCAUGCUGCAGCUUAGGAAGAUUCUGCCCCACGCGCCUGAACCUAUCCAGGCGCGCAUCACCACGUGGGGGUCAGAUCCCUUCUCCCUCGGAUCCUACUCCUACGAUGCAGUGGACGCCCCUCCUGACGUCUACGAUUCCCUCCGCGCCCCCCUCCCUCCCCUCUUCUUCGCCGGGGAAGCCACCUCACGCGCCCACCCUGGCACUGUUCACGGCGCGUUCUCCACCGGGCGGCAAGCUGCAAGAGAGGCGGCGGAAUUCGUCCGGUUUUUGGGUUUCGGGGAAGGGCCGAGGAUGGUAAGGAAGGAUGAGAGCAAGAAACACGUGGCGCUGCUGCCACAGUCAGUGGUAUCAGGAGGAGAUGUGACUGGGGAAGAGAGCAUUUUGUCUCAUGUGGAAGCUUUUGGGAAUGGUUCCGAGACUCACAACAACUCACUUGAGCAAGGGCAAGUGGGGGACAGCAGCACUAUGGAUUCCAGUCCAUCGUCGUUGACUCAGCAUGUGGUUUCCGGGGAAAUCGAGGCAGGUCAGUCCAAUCAGAACGAGGAUGGUGCAUCGAGUUUUGGAGCGCUAUCAACAAGAAGACCUUGGAACACGAUGGAUGUUUCGCUGCCUGUGCAUGUGAUAGAAAGUAACGCUGAGUGUUCUCACUCAAGGGCUGUUUCUCGGGCGGGAAAGGCACUCUCAAUUAGAAUAUCAAGGCUGUAG